AGUCACCAUACUCACGCGCUUGGGAUCUGUUUAUUGUUAAAUUUACGUCGGCGAACGAAUCAAAACAAUUGAAACGCGAAACUCUCUGAAUUUUAGAGGACCAGAGUCACCAGACUCACCAGACUAUCAGUCAGACCUGGUCCCACAGUGAUGAAGGCCGCGACGCGUAUGACCUGUAACCGUUUCAUAGUCGCGCUCGUCGUCGCCGCGGCGGUCGACGUCGUGCACAGGCCAGCCGUGACGACGUACUGCCACGCCGGCCGCCGGUGCCGCGGCGGCCGCGGCCAGGAGGACAAGCGGUGCUGGGCGGACAAGACCUGUGCGAAGGCCGAUAACCCCUUCGACGCGCCGCGGGCCGCGCACGUCCGGCCGGCGGCCGCGCCGGGCAAUCCCGUCGCCUAUCGCACGCACGCCGAGCGCGUCGCCCAGCGGCGGCGCGAGUGGAAGCUCGGUCGCGGACGCGGCGUGCGCGUCGGCGUUGACUUAUUGUCGGGUUAAGCCAUCGCCGCGACUCCAUCCGCACAGGUAUUACGUCGGCUACGCGGGGCUGUCGACGUUCGACCGCACUUUGGUAGACAUCCGCGCCACACAAAACCAGUACGACGCGCGCCUGGCGCGGCCAGACAACUGCACGUUUACCGUCGGCAAGAACAAGCAGCGCGGCGUCGCCGACCACGUCCCGAACGCGCCGGCGGGGCGGGUUUACAUGCGGCACUUCCGGUCGCUGCCCUAAGAAUAGUAUACUAUGCCCCGCUUACCCAACAACGCGCGGAGCGCCCGAGACCACAAUCUAGGACUGGAAGAAGGCCGUGCCCGUCAGCGCCGGCACGGAGCCGUCGAGGUACGUCGCCGACCAGAAGCCCGCCGCACCGAUCAUCGCCAGGCGCCCGUUGUUCGUCUCGGCCUGGCGCUUCGUCUUGAGCUCGUCGGCCGACAGGCCCGCCGUGAAGCCGACGGGGUCCCAGAUGGGCAGCUUCUGGGAGCCGCCGCCGGACAUGUAGUGCGGCUUCUGGAGCUCGGACCAGAACUCGACGAGGCCGGCCGAGAAGAGGAUCUGGACCAUGCCGCCGUUGUCGCGGAAGACGGCCUCGGCGGCCAGGCCGCCGGGCACGUCGCUGAACUUGUGGCCCGCCAUGUCGUAGGCGCCGGGCCAGCGGAAGCCCAUCUCGGUCACGAUCCAGCCCGUGCAGGCCGCCAUGGCCACGCGGCCGUGCUUCGUCUCGGCCGCCUUGAACCAGGCCUGCGUCCGGUCCGAGCCGAGCUCGCUCAGGCCCGCGGGGUCCCAGAAGCCGAGCGGCGCCGACGCGCCCUCCGUGGCGCUGAGCCGCGUCGUCGGCCGCGCGGCGGGCGGCGCGACGAGCGCGCCGGCGACGCUCGCGAGCGCGACGAGCCGGUACAUCCUGGCACACACCUGCGUGUCGUAUGGGUGAGCGCGCGGUCGCAUGCGCCGGCGGCGGCGCGGCGGAACCAGUGAUGCGAGUCGGAUGUCCAGAGCCCGGCGAGGCAGGUGUAACGCCCCGUCUCGCCGGGAAGGCCACCGGUCGCUGGUGCCGCGGGCUGUCCACGACCCACGGGUGUUGCGUGCGAGUCCAUUGGUCCGUCCGGGCCGAGUGGAGCCGCAGCUCUUCGGUGCCAGCCGGCCUUGGCUUUUAGCCCCCAAGGGACGUCCCGCAGCCGUGUCUUUCGCCAGAGGCCGUGCACACGUCUAAUUGAAGUCGUUCUAUAGCAAUUUCGCUGCGAUUUACGUGGACACGGUGGCGGACAGAGCGAUUUAGUCC